ACGGCACAGCUAAGUACAGCCGGCCGCCUCUGUCACCAGGAGACAGUCCACUUAAAUGCAGCUCCAGGGUUGCGGGACCCCCACCAGAAUCACUACCCGUGUGAGGUGGCAAAUGCAACAUGCUCUCCAGCUUGGGGUGUCUACUUCUCUGUGGAAGUAUUGCACUAGCUCUGGGAAAUGCACAGAAAUUGCCAAAAGGUAAAAGGCCAAACCUGAAGGUCCACAUCAAUACCACAAGUGACUCCAUCUUCUUGAAGUUCCUGCGUCCAAGUCCUAAUGUAAAACUGGAAGGUUUUCUCCUGGGAUAUGGCAGUAACUUAUCACCAAACCAGUACUUCCCUCUUCCUGCCGAAGGGAAAUACACUGAGGCCAUAGUCGAUGCUGAGCCUAAAUAUCUGAUCGUCGUUCGGCCCGCUCCUCCCCCCAGUCAAAAGAAGUCAUGCUCAGGUAAAAAACGAGCUCGCAAACCUCUCCAGCUGGUGGUUGGCACUCUGUCACCAAGCUCAGUCUUCCUGUCCUGGGGCUUCCUCAUCAAUCCCCACCAUGAUUGGACAUUGCCAAGUCAGUGUCCCAAUGACAGAUACUACACAAUUCGCUAUAGAGAAAAGGAUAAGGAAAAGAAAUGGAUUUUUCAGCUCUGUCCAGCCACUGAAACAAUUGUGGAAAAUCUAAAGCCUGACACAGUCUAUGAAUUCGGAGUGAAAGACAAUGUAGAAGGCGGAAUUUGGAGUAAGAUUUUUAAUCACAAGACUAUUGUUGGAAGUAAAAGCAAAGUAAAUGGGAAAAUCCAAAGUACCUAUGACCAAGUCCACUCUGUGCCAGCAUAUGUCCCAAGAAAGCUAAUCCCAGUGACAAUCAUCAAGCAAGUGAUUCAGAAUGUUACACACAGGGCCUCAACUAAAUCUCCAGAUAAGACCCCCUAUGGAGGAACAAUACUGGUGCACCUUGUUAUCCCAGGCCUUAAUGAAACCACCGUAAAACUUCCCACUUCCAUAAUGUUCGAGAUUUCAGAGGCAAUCAAGACACAGUUAGCUAAGAAUGAAACCUUGGCAUUGCCUGCUGAAUCUAAAACACCAGAGGUAGAAAAAAUUCCAGCACUGCCCAUAACAGUGACUCCUGAAUCAGUUCCAAGAACCACUAAGCCCACUGUGUCUAGUGCAUUAGACAUUUCAGAAACAACACUGGUUCUCAGGGGAAGGACCCCCGGAACAUCACAAACUAUUUUAAUACCUAGAUUUGAAUUGCCACUGAGCACUCUAGCUCCGAAAAGGCUUCCAGAAUUUCCUCAGGCAAAAACACCUUUCCCUUUUGAGAAGCCUGGGGGUGCCUUGGCUUCAAGUGAAAAGCCAGGGAUUGUGCCUACAAGUAAAAUAUCUGAAGAUUCCAAAAUUCUACUGCCUCAAACUGCCACUUAUGAUGUUUUCUCAAGCCCUACAACAUCAGAUGAGCCUGAGAUAUCAGAGCCCCACACAGCAACAAGCGAUCUACUUCUGGACUCUGUCCCACCUAAAACUUCUAGAACUCUUGAACAGCCAAGGGCAACACUGGCUCUGAGUGAAACACCAUUUAUUUCUCAAAAACUGGAAAUCUUUACCAGUCCUGAAAUGCAGCCUACAACACCUGCUCCCCUGCAAACUACAUCUGUCCCUUCUACACCUAAACGACGCCUCAGGCCCAAAACACCAAGAACUAAACCUGAAAGAACCACAAGUCCUGGAACAAUUCCAUCUAAAAUUUCUAAAAGCCCUGAACCUAGACGGACAACAAUGGCUCCCAGUAAAACACAAUUUCUUUCUUUGAAACCUAAAGUCCCUCUCAGUCCAGAAGUGACAGACAGCAAACCUGCUCCACCAAAGACCAAACGGCCAGGUCGUCGUCCCCGCCCUAAAACCACACCUAGUCCAGAUGUGCCCAAGUCCAAACCUGCUCUGGAACCUGCAACGGUACCACCGGAACCCUUGGUGCCCACGAUCGAUUCAAAACCAGCAAAGCAAUUACUUUCUAAACCCACAGCAAAACCAGAUACGCCACCACCUACAUCCGUUUUUGAGCCUGUUACAUCUGAGACUGAAGCGCCAUCCACAAGCAUAGUUCCUGCCACAGACAUUGAACCUGUAACUCUGAGAACUGAGGCUCCUCAGACAACAUUAGCUCCAAAAACAUCACAAAGAACAAGAACACGUCGCCCACGUCCACGUCCCAAACAUAAAACCACACCAAGACCUGAGACACCUCAGACCAAACUAGACUUUGAACCUAUUACUCCUGGGACAUCUUUAGCUCCAACAACAACAACAACCAAGAGACCCCGUGGUCCACGUCCCAAACCUAAAACCACGCCCCAUCCAGAAGCACCUCAGACUAAACUGGUUCCUGCCACAAUCCCUGAACCAGUCAGUCUUAGGACCGAAGCUCCAGGAACAAUAGUAGUUCCUGCUAUAGUCUUUGAACCAGUUACUCCUAUAAAAGAGGCUCCGGAGACAGCAUUCGUUCCUGUUACAGACCUUGAACCUGUUACUUUUUCAGCUGAGACAUCUGGGACCACACUAGCUACUACCAAAAGAUCACAAAGACCUCGUCGUCCACGUCCCAGACUUAAAACCACACGAGGCCCUCAAGUACCUCAGACAAAACUGGUUCCUGCUACAAUCCUUGAACCCGUCACUCUUAGAACAGAGGCCCCCGGAACAACAUUAGCUUCUAAAACAUCACAACAGACAAUUCAUCCACAUCCCAGAACAAAAACCACACCAAGUGCUGAAGCACCUGAGUCAAAACCAGUUCCUACUGCAGACUUUGAACCUGUUACAUUCAGAACUGAUGCUUGGGUAACAACAAAAGCUCCUAAAACAUCAAAACGGACCCGUCGUCCGCGUCCCAAACUUAAAACUACAACAACUCCCGAGACACCUCGAACCAAACUGGUUCCUACUACAGAUCUUGAACCUGGUACUCUUAGAACUGAAGCUCCAGAAAUCGUGGUUCUUCCUACCGUCAUUGAACCUGUCACUCGUACAACCAAGGCUCCAGAAACAACAUUAGCUUAUAAAACAACACGAGUUCGUCGUCCACGUCCCAGACCUAAAACCACAUCAAGCCCUGAAGCACCUCAGACCAAAUUGGCUCCCACUGAACUGCAAACUCUUAUUUUGAAGCCAGUGACAUCACCAAGCCUAGAAAUGACACAGAGUCAACCUGUUUCUGAAGUCCCGGAAUCGCUUACAUUUAGCACUGAGUCAUCAAAGGAAGCUAUAGCACCAACUGAAAUAGAUUAUGUCUAUUCCACUGCCAAAGCACCACUCAGGCCAGAGGAGCCAGAGACAGAAGUUGUGGGAUCUAUUACACAUGUGUCUGAACCACCUGAGACCACGCUAGCUUCCAAGCAGAUACCACGAACUCCUCCCAAACCAAAAACAUCUCCACAUCCAAGAAUCCCACAAACACAAUCAGCUCCUAAGGUAUUCCAGCGUGUUACUUUGAAGCCAAAGACAUCACCAAGUCCAGAAGUGUCCUAUACGCCACCUGUUCCAAGAGAUGUGCUCCUUCCCCAUAAGCCAGACUCCGAAGUCUCUCAGAGCGAACCUGUUCUGCAACCUGUUACCUUUAGAAUCCAUCUGCCAGAGACAACUCUAGCUCCUUUAGAGACACGAGGCAGCCCUUUGAUUCCUAUGAUUUCACCAAGUACUAGUCAAGAGGAACUACAAACCACUCUUGCAGAAACAGACCAGUCUACCCAAGAACUCUUCACAGCGAAGGUUCCACGAAUGACUGAAUUGGCAAAGACAACUCGGGCACCACACAGAUUAUAUACUACUACUAUGAGGCCCAGAACACCUGACAAACCACACAUCAGACCUGUUCUGAAUAAGACAACUACAAGACCUAGUAGACCCAGACCCAGUGGGACACCCAGAGGGAAUGGACUAGGAGCAGGGGUCAAGCAAGUCCCACUGCCAUCUGGUACUGGUAGAAAUGUAUCAAUGGAUUCGUCUCACCCCACAAAAAAACCAGCCAUAAUCCCAGGUACUCGUCGCCCACCCUUGCCACCCAGACCUAUGCCCCCACGAAGAAAGCCUUUACCACCCAACAAUGUCACCGGAAAGCCAGGAAGUGCAGGAAUCAUUUCAUCAGACCGAGUAACUUCCCCACCCUUGAGGGCAACACUCAUACCUACAGAAGCCCCGUUGGAGAGAAUGGAGACAGAUAAAAAGCAACCAACAGCUCCUGCCUCAGGAGAAGAUCUUGAUAACAUCACUGACUUUAGCUCAAGUCCAACAAGAGAAACUGAUCCUCUUGGGAAGCCCAGAUUCAAAGGUCCUCACGUGCGGUAUAUCCAAAAGCCUGACAACAGCCCCUGCUCCAUCACCGACUCUGUCAAGAGAUUCCCCAAAGAGGAGGCCACAGAGGGGAAUGCCACCAGUCCACCGCAGAACCCACCUACCAACCUCACUGUGGUCACUGUGGAAGGGUGUCCCUCCUUUGUCAUCUUGGACUGGGAUAAGCCACUCAAUGACACUGUCACUGAGUAUGAAGUUAUAUCCAGAGAAAAUGGGUCAUUCAGUGGGAAGAACAAGUCCAUUCAAACAACAAAUCAAACCUUCUCCACAGUAGAAAACCUAAAACCAGACACAAGCUAUGAAUUCCAGGUGAAACCCAAAAACCCACUUGGUGAAGGGCCACCCAGCAACACAGUGGCAUUCAGUACUGAAUCAGCUGACCCAAGAGUGAGUGAGCCAGUUUCUGCGGGAAGAGAUGCCAUAUGGACCGAAAGACCCUUUAACUCAGACUCUUAUUCAGAAUGUAAGGGCAAACAGUAUGUCAAAAGGACAUGGUAUAAGAAGUUUGUAGGGGUGCAGCUGUGCAACUCUCUCAGAUACAAGAUUUACCUGAGUGACUCCCUCACAGGAAAAUUUUAUAACAUAGGCGAUCAGAGAGGCCACGGGGAAGAUCACUGCCAGUUUGUGGACUCAUUUUUAGAUGGACGCACAGGACAGCAACUCUCUUCUGACCAGUUACCCACCAAAGAAGGCUAUUUCAGAGCAGUUCGUCAGGAACCAGUCCAAUUUGGAGAAAUCGGUGGUCACACUCAAAUCAAUUAUGUCCAGUGGUAUGAAUGUGGGACCACAAUUCCUGGAAAAUGGUAGAUGCUGCAGUCACAUUCAAAAGUGCCUUCUGUUUCAUCGUUUCAAAAAAUAAUUGGAAACAGUAUGGUAUUUGCCACAUGCAUUUAAAGCUCUUUUGUUUACUAUGUAUAAAAUUUUAAAAUCUAAUAGCAAUAUUAGAUGUUUAUUAGAAAGAUUGCUAAGAAUAUUUAUCAGGUUUUACAAAGUCAUUUUAAGAAAGCAAAAUAUUGAUAUUAACAGAAUAACAUUUUUGGGGAAGCUGGCUCCCUAUUCAUGGUAUUUUAAGAGAUCAUUUGUAUAUUAUUUAUCACACUGUUGUAAUGAUGUUCUGAGAUACUUUUAUAACAAAAUUAACAUCAAAAAACUAAUAUACUUUAAAAAAAUAUUUACAUUUAUUGUGUACUCUUCCUACUGUUAAUUCCAUAAAUCUCUACUUGGCUUAACUUAUUAGAUCAAAUUAUCAUCAACAUAUUAUAUCUGGGGAGAAAAGGUCCUAAUAUUCACGUUUAUUUAAACUUCAACUUUUUAGUAACAGUUGAGUAACUUUUGAAGCAUUUAAAUAGCCAUUCAUGCAAAUAUACAUUUCAUUAAUUAUCUACAAAUUGUUGCAAAGGUUGUUUCAAUCAGUAAAUUUCAGUUGAAAAUGGAAUUGAGAAUUUGAUAUAUCAUUUCAAAAAUACAUAUUUUGUGCUUUCUCUACCCAUAAGUAUGCUACAAUGUCUGAAUGUUCUCUGUCAAACUAUCCCUUUAAACAGUUGUGUUCAUACUGUUUUUAAUUCUAAUCAAGCUGUAUCCAAAGACUGUAGCAAAGUCUAAGCAUAAAAGGAUAACCCAUGAUGAGAAGCCUACCAUUUUAUGAUAUUUACUCUAUUUUUACACAGAAGAUCUCUAGGGAAUGAAUGUAUCAGAGGCUGUUUUCUUAAUUCUAACAACCUGUAAUGAAAAUCUGACUUAUUUUUAUUUAAAACGGUAUUAUUCUCCUUCACUGGGGAGGAAGACAGGAAUGCUGCAUUGGUGCCCUCAUUCUUAAAGGACCUUUCUGUGCUUACCUUUCAACAUACUUCAGUUUUAUCAAUACUUCAUAUUAUAUUUUUCAAACAGUAUAAACUCGCAAUAAAGAGAUGUAGUUUUUUUUAA